UCGCCAUGAAAAAUCUUUACAAAAAAGGUAAAAUACAUUCUUCUUUGUCCACCAUUGAUGACCAUCUUUCUCUCGUCCUUCCAUCUGAGACUCUAAUCCCAAUAGAAGCUCUUUCUCUUGAAGACAAAGUAUUGGCUUACCUCAUUUCCUCCUCCAAUAACUCCAAUGACUGCUCAAUGCAUAACAAAAAGAGCAAUGCCAAGAAAGGGUUGACACUUGGAGAUGCUGCUAACAAUGGAAAAGACCAUUCUUUAGCAUUUAAUUGCAGUUGUUUUAGAUGCUAUAAGACCUUUUGGGCUCGUUGGGAUGCUUCCCCUAAUCGAAAGUUUAUCGAUGAAAUCAUUGAAGCUUAUGAGGAAGACUUGUUAAUGAAAAACAAAAAUUUUGUUAGUAAGAAUAAUAUUUUAAAGGUGGUGAAGAAAGAUCAUCAGAAAAAUAUCACUCUAGUUUGCAACGAUCCUAGAGUUGAUCAUGUUGAGUUGGUGAAAGAAGAAGAAGAAGAAGAGAACAAAGUUGAGGAAUCUUCAGCGAGCUCUAAAGUCAGCGAAAACAUUUAUGUAGUUGGAGAUGAAGCUGAAGAAGAAGGAAAAGAAGACGGUGAAUUUGGAUCUGAGAAGGGGAGUACUGUAAGCAGGCUUGUGGGUUUCAUUGGAGAGAAGGUUUCAGCUCUUUUGAGUAUGAGUUAGAUUUUUCUUGUUUUUCUAAAUGAAAAUUUAGAACUUAUUAGUUUUGAUGGUGUUGACUCAAGUUAAGAGUGUUUUUUUCUUUUUCUUUUUUUCAAAGGGCUUUCCUUUUUUUUUUCCUUAUUAUUGGAUUAAACUAUGACAUUGAUCAAAAAAAUUUUGCAUUUAAUCCAAAACAAUUUCAAUUUUAUGUAUAAUUUUUUUUCUUUAUUUAGAUUGGAUAGAUGAUAUCAAGUAAGAGUUUAAUUGAUAUUUUAGUACAUGUGCAUUGUUAUUUUCAAAUACUUUAUUGUCUUGAAAA